GUCCGCCAUGUUAGUGACUGACGCAGGCGCCAUUACAGGAGCAGUCUCUCUCGAGGUGGCUGUGUCAGCUUCAGUUUUCAGUCUUCACCACCGUUCGUGGGGGAGGGGGCGUUUAAGAGGCUUAUUUUAGUCACUAACUACCCGAGAUUAAAUUCCUUGAGCAAUGGGAGCGGGAAGGGCAACAGGGUGCUCCAACAUGUCUCCGCGUUUCGGCAGGGGAGAUCCCUCCGGGAAAGCAUAUUAUCAGCGCCUGCCCACCGUACGAAAAAUAACGUUUUCAUCCCCCCAUCUCUCUCCCAUGGCAUCCUAUAAUUAGCUUUUUUUUUUUUUUUUUUUCCAUUUUAGCAUUGGGUCAGAGGUCACGAGCCAGCUGAGCUCAAACCCUGGUGCAUUCUAAUCUCGUCAGGAGCCAGGCGCGUCACGAGACUUUUGCACAGUAGCCGCUUUCCUCUUCCUGCUGAAUUCCUGCUUUGCAGAUAGCACAAUGGCAGCCCGAGUACUUGUCAUUGGCAAUGGAGGACGGGAACACACGCUGGCCUGGAAACUUGCACAGUCUACUCAUGUCAAACAAGUGUUGGUUACCCCAGGAAAUGCAGGCACUGCCUGCUCUGAGAAGAUUUCAAAUACUGACAUAUCAAUCAGUGAUCAUGCUGCCCUUGUGCAGUUCUGCAAAGAUGAGAAAAUUGAAUUUGUAGUUGUUGGACCAGAGGCACCUCUAGCUGCUGGAAUUGUUGGGAACCUGAACUCUGUGGGAGUUCGGUGCUUUGGCCCCACAGCACAAGCAGCUCAGUUAGAGUCCAGCAAGAGAUUUGCCAAAGAGUUUAUGGACCGACAUGGAAUCUCAACUGCAAGAUGGAGAGCUUUCACUAAACCUAAAGAAGCCUGUGACUUCAUUAUGAGCGCAGACUUCCCUGCUUUGGUUGUGAAGGCCAGUGGUCUUGCAGCUGGGAAAGGGGUAAUUGUUGCCAAGAGCAAAGAAGAGGCCUGUGAAGCUGUCAGAGAGAUUAUGCAGGGUAAAGCUUUCGGAGAAGCAGGAGAAACAGUUGUCAUUGAAGAACUUCUUGAAGGAGAAGAGGUGUCUUGUCUGUGCUUCACUGAUGGACGGACUGUGGCCCCCAUGCCCCCAGCACAGGACCAUAAGCGAUUGCUGGAGGGCGACAAGGGCCCCAACACGGGAGGAAUGGGAGCCUACUGUCCAGCCCCUCAGGUUUCUAAGGAUUUGUUGCUAAAAAUUAAAAAUACUAUUCUUCAGAGGACAGUGGAUGGCAUGCAGGAGGAGGGUAUGCCAUACACAGGUGUCCUCUAUGCUGGUAUAAUGCUGACCAAGAACGGCCCCAAAGUUCUGGAAUUUAAUUGCCGUUUCGGUGAUCCAGAGUGCCAAGUGAUCCUCCCACUUCUUAAAAGUGAUCUUUAUGAAGUGAUUCAGUCUAUCUUAGAUGGCUUGCUCUGCACUUCUCUGCCUGUUUGGCUGGACAACUGUGCUGCUGUAACUGUGGUCAUGGCAAGUAAAGGUUAUCCAGGAGACUACACCAAGGGUGUAGAGAUAACAGGGAUUCCUGAGGCUCAGGCUUUAGGACUGGAGGUGUUCCAAGCAGGCACUGCCCUAAAAGAUGGCAAGGUGGUGACUAACGGGGGUAGGGUCCUUACUGUCACGGCCAUCAGGGAAAAUCUCAUCUCAGCUCUUGAAGAAGCCAGGAAGGGACUUGCCGCUAUAAAGUUUGAGGGAGCUGUUUAUAGGAAAGACAUCGGCUUUCGAGCCAUAGCUUUCCUCCAGCAGCCCAGGGGCCUGACUUACAAGGAAUCUGGGGUAGACAUUGCAGCUGGUAAUACGCUGGUCCAGAAAAUUAAACCUUUAGCGAAGGCCACCUCCAGACCAGGCUGUGAUGUUGAUCUUGGAGGUUUUGCUGGUCUUUUUGAUUUGAAAGCAGCUGGUUUCACCGAUCCUCUUCUGGCUUGUGGAACAGAUGGCGUUGGGACGAAACUGAAGAUUGCCCAGCAGUGCAGUAAACAUGACACCAUUGGUCAGGAUUUGGUUGCGAUGUGUGUAAAUGACAUUCUGGCACAAGGAGCAGAGCCCCUCUUUUUCCUCGAUUACUUUUCCUGUGGAAAACUUGACCUCCGUACUACUGAAGCUGUUAUCGCUGGGAUCGCCAAAGCUUGUAGAAAGGCUGGAUGUGCUCUCCUCGGAGGUGAAACGGCAGAGAUGCCUGGCAUGUACCCUCCUGGAGAGUAUGAUCUAGCUGGUUUUGCCAUUGGCGCCAUGGAGCGGGAUCAGAAACUUCCUCAACUGGAAAGAAUCACGGAAGGGGAUGCUGUUAUUGGAAUCGCUUCAUCUGGUCUUCACAGCAACGGAUUCAGCCUUGUGAGGAAAAUUGUAGCAAAAUCCUCUCUCGAGUACUCUUCUCCAGCACCUGAUGGCUGUGGUGACCAGACCUUAGGUGACUUACUUCUAACCCCAACCAGAAUCUACAGCCACUCACUGUUACCUGUCCUGCGUUCAGGACGUGUUAAGGCCAUUGCGCAUAUUACUGGUGGAGGAUUACUGGAAAACAUCCCCAGAGUCCUCCCUCAGAAAUUGGGGGUGAAUUUAGAUGCCCAGACCUGGAGGGUCCCCAGGAUCUUCUCAUGGUUACAGCAGGAAGGCCACCUCUCUGAAGAGGAGAUGGCCAGAACAUUUAACUGUGGGAUUGGGGCUGCCCUCGUGGUAUCAGAGGACCUGGUGAAGCAGACUCUGCAGGAUAUUGAGCAGCACCAGGAAGAAGCCUGCGUGAUCGGCAGAGUGGUUGCGUGUCCCGAAGGUUCUCCUCGUGUGAAAGUCGAGCAUCUGAUUGAAACCAUGCAAAUAAAUGGAUCAGUAUUGGAGAAUGGAACCCUGAGAAAUCAUUUCUCUGUUCAACCGAAAAAGGCAAGAGUAGCUGUCUUAAUUUCUGGGACAGGAUCGAACCUCCAAGCUCUCAUAGACAGCACUAGGGAGCCAAGGAGCUUGGCACACAUUGUCGUUGUGAUCUCCAACAAAGCUGCAGUGGCUGGCUUAGAUAAAGCAGAAAAAGCCGGGAUUCCCACGAGAGUAAUUAAUCAUAAAUUAUAUAAAAAUCGUGCAGCAUUUGACACUGCAAUUGACGAAGUCCUUGAAGAGUUCUCCACAGACAUAGUCUGUCUUGCAGGAUUCAUGAGAAUUUUGUCUGGCCCCUUCGUCAGAAAAUGGAAUGGGAAAAUGCUCAAUAUCCACCCAUCCUUGCUCCCUUCUUUUAAGGGUUCAAAUGCCCAUGAACAAGUCCUGGCCGCUGGGGUCACAAUCACCGGGUGCACCGUGCACUUUGUAGCUGAAGAUGUAGAUGCUGGUCAAAUUAUCUUACAGGAAGCCGUUCCAGUGAAGAGGGGUGACACUGUUGAAACUCUAUCUGAGAGAGUAAAAUUAGCAGAACAUAAAAUAUUUCCCUCAGCCCUCCAGCUGGUGGCCAGUGGAGCUGUGCGGCUUGGAGAAAAUGGCAGAAUCUGUUGGGUCACAGAGGAGUGAAGCGUCAUCCCCCCGGGAAUGGAGACAGCUGAGAGCAUUGUAGGUGCUGCAGGGGGACUUUUUAUCCUGGACUCCACCUAAAAGAUGUGUGAGACAUCUGUGUGUUGCCUCCAGUGGUCUUUCAGGUUUUACCUGUCUGGGGCCUUCUUGUUCAUAAUCAAACUAGGCCUUCAGAAUUCCUUUUACUCUUAGCCAAGUAUUAUACCCAAACUUAGUCUUUUCUUUUUCAAAGAGCUAACAAGUCUAAUAAGUUAGUAUCUUGUCCCCAUAUUGUAUAUCUGUACUAAUUUGAAUGGAGACUUCUCGAAUUAUUCUGAUCAUAAGUUGGUAUCAUAAAAUUUCUGGGUAGUUCCCAUAGAGGGAUAGUGUUCUCUGUGCUUUGAAGAAUCAUUACACUUUCCUCUAAUAAUUGACGAUUUCUAUAAUACCCAGAUUUCAGCUUCACAGUUUGGGAGGAUAGAAGGCAAUCUACUCAGACUAAUAAAGCGUUUAUUUUUUUUUUAUGUUAUUUAAUUAUUGCAAUAGUAAUUUUCUGUUUUUCAUAGACAUGUACAGAUUCCACAGUGUUAUGGAUUAAACAGUCUUCUGUCUAAAAAGCA